AUGGUGCGAGGUUCGAAUACCAACGGUGUCGACACGCCUCCUGGCACCGUCCUUCUGAGCCAAGUGUUUACGACCAGGGAAUCAUCGACCAUACUGCAACCGGCUCCGUCUGACGACCCGAAUGAGCCGUUGAACUGGUCCAAACUGCGAAAGGGAGUCAACUUUACGCUUGCCCUCUUCUACGUCCUCUUCACGUUUGUCCUCCUCGACAUUCAGUUCGUGGCCUACGCCGAGUAUGUUGAAGAUGUGGGCAUGACCACAUUUGUUUACACGACGUCGAUCGCCCUCAACUACACCGGCUUGGCCGUUGGAUGCGUCUUCUUCAUUCCGUUCACGUACCGAUACGGACGACGACCGGUCUAUCUGGUCAGCCUCGCGCUUCAAUUGGCCUGUGCGAUCUGGUCGGCAAGAGUCACCACCAAUGGAGAGCUCAUGGCGUCAAACUUGGUGAUGGGGUUGGCCGGUGCGAUCAGUGAGACCAUUGUUCAAGUCACGAUUGCGGACCUGUUCUUCACGCAUCAGUACGCCACCGUGAACGGGCUCUUUCUCGGCACCCAAGCUACCGGAGCAUACCUGGGCCCUGUCGCGGCAGGCUAUGUCAUUGACUCACAAGGCUGGCGCUGGAUGUGGUGGUGGUGCACCAUUUUCCUCUCCGUCACCUUCCUUCUUGUCCUGUUCUUCUUUGAGGAGACAACCUAUACACCGCUCAUUGGGAGCCUGCCGGGAAAUUGCGAGCCCGAAGCUACAAUGACCGGCGGCGGUUCGAAUCCCAAGAAAGAUACAGCCGAAGAGGGGCUGCAACCUGUGGCUUCGAUAAGCGUACCUAACUUGUAUCCCGCGCGAAGACCUCUUCGUGAACGGUUCGCUCUGGUGACCAAGACUCCGGCACCCAUCUCGCAGCACUUCUACCGGCCGUUUAUCCUCUUGGUUAUGUUUCCCGGGAUGGCAUAUACUGCCAUCACCUAUGGCUCGCUUCUGGCCUGGUUCGCGAUCAUGAACACCCUUGCACCGCAGCAUCUAUCCGCCCCACCGUAUAAUUUCUCGGCUUCAGCUUUGGGCCUUUUCAAUGUGGCCCCAUUCAUCGGUUCGGUCGUGGGCAUGGCCAUUACUCCUCUGAAUGACUGGAUCAUUUUGCACUUGGCCCGGCGCAACAAUGGACUUUAUGAGCCGGAAAUGCGGUUGUACCCUGCUAUUCCAGGCGCACUGCUGACGACCGGCGGAAUUGCAAUGUUUGGCUUCGGCCUUUGCCAUAAUGCUCCGUGGCCGGUUGUUGCUGUAGGAUUGGCGAUCAAUGGCGCAGGAUUCAUGGUCUGCGGCGACGUGGCAAUCUCAUAUGCCAUCGACUCAUAUAAAGAUGCUGUUGGAGACGGGUUUGUAGGGGUGGUAUUCGUCAGGAACGUGUUCUCGGUCGUCGUGCUUUUCUCCUUGGUCCCGUGGAUCAAAGGGAUGGGCCUCCAGAACAUGUUUAUUCUUUGUGUGGUCCUCUCGCUUGUCUUGGGGACAAUUCCUGUCUUUCUGAUUUUCUGGGGUAAGGACGCACGACGAUUUACUGCUGACAGGUAUCGUCACUAUGUUCUGCACUAG